GUUAUAUACUCCAAAGACAAAACUACAAAGACAGAACACAGAAGUCACAGAACAGAACUCAUCGUUCUCGUCCACAAAGAGAAAACCCAAUUGACAGAAAACCCUAACUACCACAACCUCAAUCCAACCAUUCAAACCCCAAAUAAACUUUAAUCCUUCACUAAAAACCCAAAAUCGCAGCCUAUACAUACGAAAUCAAACAUGUAGAAGAGAAAAAACAUACCGAGGAGCCCAAAUCGAAGAAGGAUGUGAAGGUGAAGCCGAAAUCGAAGUUGAAUGUGAAAUUGCAGCCUUCUUCUCCCUUAUUUUCGCCUAGAUCAAAGUUGCUGAGCUUGGAUAGCGUGACUUAGAGAGAAAGAUACGCAAUCAUAAAUGGGUGAUACCCAUGAUGAUUUGAAACCCAAGAGUCAUGAUGAUAGGAAACCCAAGAGAAUUGUUUUUGUGACGGUAGGAACAACUAGUUUUGAUGCUCUUGUUAAAGCUGUGGACAAUGCAGAAGUUAAACGGGAAUUGUUUGGCAGAGGUUAUACCCAUCUUCUCAUACAAAUGGGUCGUGGAUCAUACAUCCCCAGCAAGUCUAGUGGAGAAGAUGGGUGCCUGGCUGUAGACUACUUUACAUUUUCGUCUAGCAUUGCAGACAAUUUGAGAUCUGCAUCUCUUGUAAUUAGUCAUGCAGAGAGAGUAGAGAAGAAGAAAAUAAGGAAAAAGGGAUGGGGUACCUUGGAGACUGAAUUCUACCACAAUGCAGGUUCAGGAAGCAUAUUUGAGACGCUGCGGCUGUGUAAGCCUUUAAUUGUGGUAGCGAAUGAGGAUUUGAUGGACAAUCAUCAAAGCGAGUUAGCAGAAGAACUAGCUGACAGGAAGCAUUUGUUUUGUGCCUCCCCUCAAACGCUCUUGCACACAAUCACUAGUAUGAGCUUGGAGAGUCUCAUUCCAUACCAUCCGGGUGAUGCCAAUCCAGUUGCCAAACUGAUAAACCAGUUCCUGGGGUUUCCAGAUGAUUGACCAAGCUGCUGAAUUGAGUUACACAUGGUUGGAUUGCAGGAGUUUCAAGCAGCAGUGUUCUCGAUGGGUUCUAGACAAUCUCUCUCGAGGGCAAAGGGCUUUGGCUAAUUUUGCAGCAUUCUCAAGAGUUCGUUCUGAAGUCAAUAUUUACUUCCCAUUUGAUACAGAUGCAAAGCAGCCUCUUCUAUUUGCAAUUGUGGUGCAGCAGUUGAAGGGCUUUGUUUCAGUUUAUUGACAGCUGUGUUUUUUUGCUCAUUUGAGUUUGUAUUUGGUCUAAUCUGCUGUAUUUGAACUUUUUUUUUACCCUAUAUAUACACGUUCUCAUGUUCCAAAAAAAGAGAGAAAAAAAAAGAUGUAGAGAGAGAGAGACCCAAAUAAAAACCGCACCGGUUUCAAAUUUUGUUC